ACAAAGGAGCAGUAGCCAAUGGGCAGCGGCCACGGCAGGAGCGGUCGCGCGCGCGCUGCUGAGCGUGACCAGUAAAGAAACUGAUUCGGCACAGGCCCGGAGGCAGUUGCUGGACGGACUCACAAUCCGCGGGACAGGGAUUUACCGCCUAGUCAGAGGCAGCUGCCCGAAAGUCGGACUGCAAGUGAGAGGAGAAUUAACUGACUGACUGGCUGGCUGGAGGCAGCUGCCCGAGAGACUGCCCACAGGGACUGGCUAGAGAGUGCUCGUGAGGUAGGGACUGACCGGAGAGCGCCGCCGGCACUCGCUGACUGAACGAGGGCCUAAGUCCCAGUUUACCCCCUUUUUUCACGGACCAGCGCAGCCGGAUCACUUCGGUGCUAACUAUGAAACCCAGGAGCAGGGAGACAGAUCUGCUUCGUCUGCUUGGUAUUUUUGGGUCUUUGCUGGUUACAGUCAGUGCUCUUUACUCGGCAAGUGAUGAUGUCGUGGAACUAACCCAAAGUAACUUCAACAGAGAAGUAAUUGAAAGUGAUGAACUCUGGUUGGUGGAGUUUUAUGCACCAUGGUGUGGACAUUGUCAGAGUUUAGCCCCAGAGUGGAAGAAAGCUGCAUCAGCCUUGAAGGGAAUAGUAAAAGUUGGGGCAGUGGAUGCAGACAAACAUCAGUCUCUUGGUGGACAGUAUGGCAUUCAGGGAUUCCCAACUAUCAAGCUAUUUGGAUUAAAUAAGAAUAAACCAGAUGAUUAUAAUGGUGCCAGAUCAGCCCAAGGAAUCACAGAUGCUGCCAUUAACUCUUUAAGGUCAAUUGUCCGGGAUAGACUUGGAGGCAAGAGCAGCUCAAGUUCUUCUGGCAGAAAGAGCAGUGGCGAUGGAUCUGGUAAAAAAGAUGUGGUCGAGUUGACUGAUGACACCUUUGACAAAAAUGUAAUUGGCAGCAGUGACAUUUGGAUGGUGGAGUUCUAUGCGCCAUGGUGUGGGCACUGCAAAAGGUUGGAACCUGAGUGGGCAGAGGCAGCUACUGAGGUGAAAAGUCAGACUGGCGGGAAGGUGAAAUUGGCAGCAGUGGAUGCCACAGCUAAUCAACUACUAGCUAGUCGGUAUGGGAUCCGUGGGUAUCCAACCAUUAAAGUAUUCCACAAAGAUGAAGAUGGUCCAUAUGACUAUGAUGGUGGAAGAUCAAAAAGUGAUAUUGUCACUCGUGCUCUUGAAUUGUUUGCUGAAAAUGCACCAGCUCCAGAACUGCAUGAGAUUACUAACGAAGAGAUACUAAAGAAGACAUGUGAUGACCAUCAACUAUGUAUUGUUGCUGUAUUGCCACAUAUUCUGGAUACAGGGGCUUCUGGGCGAAAUGAAUAUCUGGCAGUACUGAAGACUAUGGCCAACAAAUACAAAAAGAAGUUCUGGGGUUGGCUGUGGACUGAGGCAGGUGCUCAGGUAGAACUUGAAGAUUCUUUGGGUAUCGGUGGUUUUGGCUACCCAGCAAUGGCUACAAUUAAUGCCAGGAAGAUGAAAUAUGCUCUGCUGAAAGGCUCAUUUAGUGAACAGGGCAUCAAUGAAUUUCUUAGGGAGCUGUCGGUUGGAAGGGGCUCAACGUCUCCUGUCAAAGGAGCCGCAUUCCCGAAAAUUAAUGUGGUAGAACCAUGGGAUGGCAAGGAUGGUCAGAUGCCAGCAGAGGAUGACAUUGAUCUAAGUGAUGUGGAUCUUGAGGAUUAUGACAAAGAUGAGCUGUGAGCUGAUUGCCUUCCCCUUUAUUGGCAGACAGUAACCAUUGGAAGUAUUGUCAUCUGUCUGCAAAGAGGCCUUGUCAUUUGUUCUAGCUCACUGUAUUUCUACUGUGAUCUGUAAAUAUGUUUCACUGGGUUUUUUUCUAUUUAAAGAAAAAACAAAUUCAAUGUUGCAGUUAUGUUUUAAAUUUUCCAGCUGUUUUAAGUAAAUUGAUCUAACAGACCAAACAGUCAUUUGUUAUACCUGUUCCACUCUGCUACCUAUUUUGAAUGGAUUCUCGCAUUUCUUUUGAGGGGAUGAGGUGCGAUCUGCAUAAUGCAUUUAGACAUCUCUACAUGUAUUUGAGCAGUCCUUAUUCCAAAGAAUGUAACCUGUUCUGCACAGGGCAAGUAAAAUCAUGGUGAUUACACUAUUAAAUGGGAUUGAUCAUU